AUCUCCCCAGCCGACACAGAAGACUUUUCCACAGUCACAGCAGGCUCUGACGGCAUCGCUUCAUACAGCACCACACAGAGAACAGGCAUGGAAAAUAAGGCCUUGGAACCCGACUCUGUGAGUAUUCCCAUGGCGGACAGUUUCAGGUGUAACAGGGCUGGUCAGACAGCCCAGCCUUGGCGACAGGAGGUUUCCACGUUGAAGCAGAAGAAAAUGGAGAACAGGACCACAGAAGCACAGCGCUUCACCCACCUCCCCAAACGCUCAUCGGUAGACCUUGAGUUCAUUGACAUCUCUUACACCAUUCAAGAUGGUCCAUGCUGGAGGGGGAGAGGAGUCAAAGCCUUAUUGAAAAACCUCUCUGGAAAAUUCUGCAGUCGGGAGCUUGUUGCAAUCAUGGGGCCCUCAGGUGCUGGGAAAUCUACCUUAAUGAACAUUUUGGCGGGAUACAGGGGAACGGGAAUCAAGGGGCAGAUCCUUGUAAAUGGGAAGCCCAGGGAUCUCAGGACAUUUAGGAAAAUGUCCUGCUAUAUCAUGCAGCAAGACUUGCUGCUGCCACAGCUCACGGCACGGGAAGCCAUGAUGGUGUCUGCCAAUUUGAAGCUCAACGAGACUAUGGAUGUGAAAAAAGAACUGGUGAACGAGAUUCUGAUUGCCUUAGGACUUCUUGACUGUGCUCAUACUCGUACUGACUCACUGUCAGGGGGUCAAUGCAAAAGGCUCAGCAUUGCCCUUGAACUGGUCAACAAUCCACCAAUUAUGUUCUUCGAUGAACCCACCAGUGGCUUGGACAGUGCGUCCUGUCAUCAGGUGGUCUCCCUAAUGCGUUCUCUUGCGCUGGGAGAACGGACUAUCAUCUGCACCAUCCACCAGCCAAGUGCCAAACUGUUUGAGAUGUUUGACAAGCUCUACAUCCUGGGACAGGGUCAGUGUAUCUACAAAGGCACCGUCCCCUACCUCAUACCCUAUUUGAAGGGACUGGGACUUUACUGUCCAACCUACCACAACCCCGCAGACUUCAUCAUUGAAGUGGCAUCAGGACAGUAUGGAGACUUCAACCCUGUUUUAUUGGAGGCGGUCCAAGGUGGAAUGUGUGCAUUCGAUGAGAAGAAGAACCGCUGUGAUAACAACGGCACAACAAAGCACCCAAAGGAUGCUGGACACAUGGACGGUCGUACCUUUGCCACAAGCACACGGACACAGUUCUGCAUCCUAUUCAAGAGAACUUUCAUCACUAUUUGCCGAGACCAGGUGUUGACCCAUCUCAGACUGAUGUCCCACAUCUCCAUCGGUGUGCUGAUAGGCUUGCUGUACUUGAACAUCGGGAAUGAUGCCGGCAAGGUGUUGAACAACACAGGAUUUCUUUUCUUCUCAAUGCUCUUCCUCAUGUUUGGUGCGCUCAUGCCAACCGUGUUGACCUUUCCUCUGGAAAUGUCGGUGUUUCUGAGGGAGCAUCUGAACUACUGGUACAGCCUGAAGGCGUACUAUCUGGCCAAGACCAUGGCUGAUAUUCCAUUCCAGGUGAUCUGCCCCAUUAUGUACUGCAGCAUAGUGUACUGGAUGACAGAGCAGCCUCCGGAAGCCAGCCGCUACCUCCUCUUCCUUGCACUGUGUAUCUGCACUUCUCUUGUAGCGCAGUCACUCGGCCUGCUAGUUGGCGCCGCCUCCACCUCACUGCAGGUGGCCACCUUUGUUGGACCGGUCACAGCUAUCCCCGUGCUGCUGUUCUCUGGAUUCUUCAUCAACUUUGACACAAUUCCAAAGUAUCUGCAGUGGAUCUCUUAUGUGUCUUAUGUCAGGUAUGGUUUUGAAGGAGUGAUUGUGUCCAUCUACGGGAUGAAUCGUUCAGCGCUGGAGUGUCCGGGCAAGGCGUGUCGUUUCCAACAGCCUGAAGAGGUUCUUCACUUAUUGGACAUAGGAGACGCAAAACUCUACAUGGAUUUCAUCGUUCUCUUAAUUUUCUUCCUAGUCUUACGACUGGCCACCUACCUUAUCCUCCGCUAUAAAAUCAAGGCCGAGCGGUAGCUCCGACUUGUCUCCAAGAAGGUUUGCCAUGCCAUUCCAUCCUUUUCCACUUCACUGUAUACGUUGCUGCUAAAACCAGGCCUCUACUGACACCAUCCUUUACCGAAGGUGGCGGCUGUAUUUCAGUAUUCACCAGCUUUACCUCAACAUAUGAGCCUUCUAGCAGCAUGUAAGACCAAAACAUAUCUCAAACACGCUGAGUCAGUGAUACUAGUCCCUGAGGAAAAUGCUAACUGACCUUCAGGCCUGGACAAGCCAAAUAACUGCAUCGUCAUGGUGAUGAUCAUCCUGGUUUGGUACAUCAGGGGUCUUCGAUGUUUCUGAUGGUAUCAGGUGGCAUCAUUAAAAAAAGAUAAUAUGAGGAAUAUUAGUAAAUAUUUAGGUAAAUAUGAUUCUUUUUUACCAAUGGUGCACAAAUGCUCAGGCAGUCAUGUUUGGUGCUAACCUUCAGCUUUCAUAGCAACAUAUAAACAUCUAAGGGGCAUUCUGAGGAUACCUGCACUUGGUACCGACAUAAGUAGUAUUUUUCAAUGAAGUGUCAUUUUUACUCAAAAUAGUAUUUAGAUGUGUAGUGUGUGUACUGUAUGUACAUUUUGUAUCCUGACUGUACAGCACAAGUAUUACAAAU